AGAGUACCCUCUGUGAUCUGUGGUAUUCAUUGUAUCAUGAGGUUAUGGUAUGUUGUUUACCACUCUAGUCAAAUGCAGAAAACCAGAUAGUAUUGUUAAAGGUGAAAUAAUUCAGUGGAUAUUGGAGGAAAGUUUUUCAACUGAAACAAUUUCUGUGAAUGUUUUCAUUUCAAAGCAAGUGCAGUUAACGUUCAAGUAAAAUGGAAGAGGACUUUGAUGAUAGGCCUUGGGAUAGUAGCGACAAAGACAAUGAGUCGGAAGGUCUUGAAGAAAUGGAGUCUCCAGAACAGAUUCUGGCCGACUGUGCAGUUAAGUUUGCUACCCCUGAUUACAUCAUGGAGCCUGGAAUAUUUUCGCAACUCAAGAGAUAUUUUCAAGCUGGAGGAAAUCCUUUGCAAGUCAUUGAGGAACUAUCGCAUAACUACACUGCCGUUGCUCAAAUGGCGAAUUUGGUCGCCGAGUGGCUUAUUAUUGGUGGAGUAAAGGUACAAGAUGUACAAGCUAUGGUUGAAAACCAUUUGAAGGAAAUGAUUUUAAAGUCAUUUGAUCCAAAGAAAGCCGACACAAUCUUCACAGAAGAGGGUGAAACGCCGGCAUGGUUAACGCAAUUAAUUGAACAUCCUACGUGGAGAUCAUUAAUAUAUCGACUUGCUGAAGAAUAUCCAGACUGUUUGAUGUUGAAUUUUACGAUAAAGCUCAUAUCUGACGCGGGAUUUCAAGGAGAAAUUACCAGUAUAUCAACAGCUGCACAACAGUUGGAAGUAUUUUCGAGGGUACUGAAAACCUCAAUAACUAGUUUUCUCACUAGUCCGGAAGAAUGGCAAAGUACAAGUCUUGAAUGUGCUAAAAUGGUAUGCCAUGGUCAACACACUUAUGUGUACAGUCAGUUAGUGAUACACAUACUAGCGCGGGAAAAUAAAGGCGGUUCCAGCAUGAAACGGUUAUCGCAAGAAAUCACAAAAUGUGCUCAAAAGAAUGGGAACGAUAUCACUCCAAUUACAAUGGCAUUAAACGGAGCGUCUGCAUACCCUUUAGGAUGUCAAGCGUUAAGCGCUAUGCUGUCAAAGAAUACUCUAAAUCCCGCCGAUAUAACUGUUUUGUUUAGAACAUAUAAUUCGCCGGAUCCGCCUCCCAUUGACUUGAUUAGGACUCCGCAAUUCCUAGAAUUGUUAGUAGAUGCACUUUUUAAACCUGGAGUUAAACUAAAUCCAGAUCACAAGCCAAAAUACAUACAUUUAUUAGCUUAUGCGGCAAGUGUCAGCGAAUCCGGAGCGAAAAAAGGACAAAGAAGAAUCUGUAACAAAGAUGAGCUUCAACCAACAGUGAGGGCUAUAGAGACGGUACAUAAUAUAUGUAAUGGGAACAAAGGAAGCAGCGAGUUAAUGGCCGAACUAGCGACAAUUUACCAUUCACUAAGGUUUCCCGUAGUAUCAUUGGGUGUGAUUCGAUGGGUUGAAUGUACAGUAACUGAGCCUAGUUACUUCAAAUUAUCGACUGAACACACGCCCAUACAUCUGGCUCUUUUGGAUGAAGUAGUUACAUGCCACACUCUAUUGCAUGAUCAGGUUUUGAAGCUAUUGGUUCAGUUAUUCGAAUCGAAGCAAGACGAGCUGGAGAUUCUGGUGCAACUGGAAAUGCGCAAGAUGGUUUUGGAUCGUAUGGUUAAUCUUCUUUGUUCCGGCUGUGUGGUACCAGUGGUAAAAUAUAUUAAGCAGUGCUGGCAGCGAGGUGAUACAGACAUUUCCCUAAUUCGUUACUUCGUUACAGAGGUCUUAGAUACUAUUGGACCUCCAUACAGCUCCGAAUUUGUACAUUUGUUCAUGCCUAUGGUGGAAAAUGACGAAAUCACUGGUACUAUGCGUGGAGAUGGCGAAAACGAUCCGGUGUCUGAGUUUAUAGUGUACUGUAAAGCUAACUACACGCAGAUGGCAUAGAACAGAUAAAUCAGAGAGUUAAAAAUAUACUUUAUUUUAUACAUGUAUCGCUGCAAUCCAUCAAUUAUAAUUUUUUGGGAUUCAUGAAGUUCGAGAGGUCCAGGAGAAUCGCUGGUAUGUUAAGGUUUUAAAACUAUGGAAACUUGCGCGAUUUGGUCGCGAGCUGUGUGGAUUUGUGUGGAAAACUCCACUGAUUCCAGCAGUUUUGGUGGUUUCCUGGAUUUCUUCCUGUGGUAGCCAGGAAAGCGGUAGUUAUAAAAAUUUUAUUUUACUACAAGGUGCGAGAUAAAACAUAUAAAUGCCACCCAGGCAUUAGAGUUUGCACUGUAAUUUGCCUAAUUUGUGAAAAUGUCUAUUGCAUAAGUGACUUCAAUAAAUUAAAUGGCAUUCUGCUGUA